UUCAAGAAAUAAAAAUUUUAAAAAUUUUGAAAAUGUUUAAAUUUUUAAUUGUACUUUUUGCUGCUAUAUUUGCUGUUGCUUUUGCGGUUCCUGCCCCAGUAGCCGGACCAGCUCCAGUACCAGUUGCGAGCCCUAAUCCGCUACCAGCACCAGCUCCUCAAUUCUAUUAUGGAACACCAUAUGCUUAUUCUGGCUACUACGCUUCUCCCUAUGCCUAUUACGGCUAAUGGUUCUUAGUUGUUUUCAUUUCGAUAAUGGAUGGAAUUUUGACCGUGAAUAUUUCUGAACAAAAGCGAAUUAACAGUGACCUGACCAAAAUAUUUUAAAAUAUAAGUUUUUUAUUGAUAUAAUGCUGUCUUCUUAAUAUUUAAAAAGUGAAAUAAAA